CUCUUUACCGAUUCCCACGUUUUCCUGAUUUACGAGUGCUUUAAAAUAAAAAGUAGCCUAUCCCCUCGAAAAUAACUUUAAUUCGCACUGUGUACACGAGGGGGACGUGAAGUACGCGGUUUCGCCCGCAUGCAGGUUGUUAAAUAACCAACACCCCUCGAUCUGACGCAAGUCUUGGAGCAGGACUCCACAUAACGCUGCCAUUCAGAGUCCAAAUCGGGCUCCGGGGUCGCACAACCCCUCUUUAGGUACCAAAGAGCGAUUUAAAAGGACCACAAGAGUCCCAAAAGAAAGUCCGCGAUGGCCUCGACGCCCUCCGCUUCAGCGCUGUCAGCCGUGCUCCGGUGUCAGGGGAAGAUCCUCGCCAGAAAACAGGCGAACAAGAAGCGGCCUCCGGCGGCAGUGUACGGGCUCGGGGUGACUUGCGGAGACUCGGUCAAAUCUUAUUUUCGCUCUCUCUGGGGAUUCAUAUUUGACAGGGAGCGAGCGGAGAUUCCCGGGGUUUUGUCCGUGGCCGUGCGAUUUGAAAAAUCGGGAAAGUCUUCGGUAGCGAACGAUCGAUGCAAAAAUGUGGCCAAAAGCCCCCCAAAGACUGGCAGGCAAAUAUUAACUAGGAAAGCUUCGAGCGAACCAAAUCAGUGGCCAAAGACGAGACUGGCGUCGGAAUACGCUUCUGCUUUUAAAUCACAGCGUUAUAGAGUUUCAGUCAAAAACGACCUGGUUCUGCGACUGGACGGCACGUUUUUGCGAAAACUGAAGUCAGAUUAUCCGUGGACAUGCAUUUGUGUAGUUUGCAAGAGCACGCUAAACUACAGUAACGUAGACCCUUUUUCUUUCGGCCUGUUGUGUAUUUUAAGGAAUAAACUGAUAUAUUUCACUACGGCGGUGUCAGACGGUCUGCAGAAGCAACUCGGAAUAGGCUGGAACCAGCUUCAUCCGGAUUGUGAUAAGUUGAGUGGGUGUGCCAGACGUACUUCUGAACAUCACGAGGAUCGGCCUAAGAAACUGGAAGGAGCUGAACCUGGGGAAUGAGUCUUCCGCCGAAGAUCUGAAGACAAUGUGGAUGACAUGCACUUCACACAAAUGCACUUUUUAGAUAGAUAGAUGCGCUGCCUUGUUCGCGUCGGCUUUAUGGAAUGUAUUGUAUAGUUUUAUACACUUUGCACUUGAUUUUACACUGUUGUUGCCACCCUGGUUUUCCUUGUGCGGAAAACUUCCAAUGGAACCGAGCUGACCCUAAUCGGCUUUUAUAAUCUAGCAACUUUUUUAAAUAUUUAAAAGUACACAAAUGUUGUUAAGUUAACAGGAAAGUGCUACUGCCAUGCUUGACUUUGUGUAUUUUAAUACCUCAUAACAAUAUUUAAUUAAAUGUGUUUUUUGUGUAAGGAAUUAAACAAUAAAAAAAUUUAAAAACACAAAUUUGAA